AUGACGCUACCGUCAGAUAUAUUCCGCACUUUACAGGCGACGAUCGGUGUUCCAUCUGAUAUCGUUGGCCUGAUAACGGAGAAGUCCGUAGAAUGUAUCGCCGAAACUGGAGCUGACAUCAACAUCCUACAGCGUAUCUUCCAAUGGCAGUUCGACAACAACAAGACUAGCAAGAAGUUCUCCUUCUGUCUGUUCAAGAAAGCCGGCUUCAGUGACGAAACUGGACACUUCCAUAAGGAUAAAAUAUUAGCUUUGUAUGAAAAGAGUGACAAAAAGGAACAAAUCAAAGCAGCUGUUAAUGCAUGUGAGAAAAUAUCUGAGAAGAAUCCCUUGGAGACGAUGUACAAAGUUAUUCUCUGCUUUUUCGAUAAAACUCCAGUUUUGCUCGAAGUUAAGUUGGAUUAAAAUGCCAACUGUUCAGUACCACUGGAUGUAAUCGGUUGUUGUGAAGUAGUUACUAGAUCAAUGUUA